AUGGCAAUUGCUCAUUGGUUUUACGAUGCCUGCAUUCCAUUUCAUGCAACACUAUCUCCAUACUUUCAACCUGCUUUAGAUGCAAUCAAUGUUAUUGGUCCCGGUGUAGUAUUUGUGAAAUCUGUUGAUGCAUCAGAUGUCAUAAAAGAUGCUAAGACAUUAUGCGGCUUGUUUUCUGAAGUGGUUGAAUGGGUUGCAGCUGAACAUGUUGUCCAUAUAGUGACUGAUAAUGCAGCUUAUUAUGUAGCUAUUGGUAAAUUGAUACAAGAGAAAUAUGAAAAUAAUUUUUGGUCUCCUUUUACCGCUCAUUGUUUGAAUCUCCUUUUGAAGGACAUUGCUAGUAUGCCUCAUGUUGCAGACCUUGCCUCAAAGGCUUCCAAGAUUACAGUAUUUGUCUAUAAUCACAUGGUAUUCUUAUCUUGGAUGAGAAAAAGAGAAGGUUGGAAAGAAAUUGUACGUCCAGGAGUGACUCGUUUUGCUACUAUUUUUAUUACAUUGAAAAAUAAUUUUGAUCACAAACAUGAUUUGCAAGCUUUAGUUGUAGACAAGCAUUUCACUGGCCAUAAAUUAUCAAAGACUACAGAAGGAAAAAUUGUUAGUGCUAUUGUUAUGGAUCAAAAGUUUUGGAAUGAUUGUUUGACGAUAGCGAAACUUGUGGCUCCUAUCAUUCGAUUACUAAGAAUUAUAGAUGGGGAUGAAAAGCCUUCUCUUGGUUUUGUUAAUGAAGCAGCUUACUUUGUAAAUCCUGCAUUCUUCUAUGAUGAGAAAUUUUGUAGCAAGAACAAAGUCAUGAGUGCAUCCAUUUCUUUACUUGAAAAAAGAGCUUUUUGUAAUGACUUAACUAGAGGCAUUAGUGAGAUGAAUAUGUACCGGGAACGACAAGGAAGUUUUGGUCGAGAAAGUGCUCUUAUCUGGGCAUUGUUUAGAGGUAGUGCUCCAAUUUUGCAAAAGUUGGCAAUCCGUCUUCUUAGCCAAACUUCUUCAUCUUCUGGAUGUGAGAGAAAUUGGAGUGUCUUUGAACGUAUCCAUACAAAGAGAAGAAAUAGACUAGAACAUCAAAGACUAAAUGAUCUAGUUUAUGUUACUUAUAACUUGCGUUUAAAGAAUAGGUUGCUCAAGAAGCCAUGUUAUGAUCCUAUUGAUUAUGAAUCUAUUGAUCAUGUUGAUUUUUGGGUAAUUGAAGUAGAAACACCUCCUGAGCUUGAUAUUGAUGAGAUUGAUAAUUUUCUUUAUCAUGAGAAUGCAAUUCAAGUUGGUCAAUCAUCAAAAAAACAAUGA